AUGGUUAAUUGGACUCAAAGAUUUGUUACAGGAUUGAUUGGAGGUCCCAUUGUCUUGUACACCAUCUAAAAUUAGUUAGCACUCUGUGUCCUUAUUAAUGUGGUCCUCUAUUUGUUGCAUGCAGAAUUUUAAAAAUUGAUUUCGAAUGUACUUAAACACAAUUGCAGUGAUUCAGAUCGUUGGUAUGUAGAAACCAUGGCAUCCUCUUGGUUCAUUCGAAUUCCUACACAUUAUUUUAUCACUAUGGCGAUUAUGCAGAGCAAUCCAUUAAGUGUUCAUUUACAUAUGAUCAUAUCUAUUUUCUUCUUGCUUCUUGUUAGAUUGAUGAACUAUCUAAAAAUCAGCGAUUUCUUAAAAUAAAAUGAGAAAACUAUUUCAGAUAAAUUCCCAAGUCAAAUGGUUGAAAAGAAAAUAUAAAUGUUGACAUUCUUUUAAAUGUCUGCUGAUAUUGUUUAAUUCCUAUUGUUUGUAUAUCCUCUCAAUUUUGUAUUGAUAGUGUUCUAAUACAAAUAGGCUUAAGCAUUGAAUCUAAUUUGGUUGAUCUCUGCAUGGUAAACUGAUAAUGGGGCUUUGUUUAUGGGUUCUAUGUUUGGAAAAACAUUAUUUUGUCCUAAAAUAUCACCAAAUAAAACAUGGGAGGGUGUCAGUGGGGGUAUAUUUUUAAGUGUUUUCUCCUCACUCAUACUUUCCUAAAUGAAUUUCUUGUCCUUUAUCACUUUAGAUGAUCUACACACUAAACAUUUUCUAUUAAUUUCUUUGAUUGUAUCAUUAGCAUCUAUCUUUGGAGAUUUGAUCGAAUCCUUCAUUAAAAGAGUUGCUGAUGUUAAGGAUUCUGGUUCACUUUUCCCUGGUCAUGGUGGUAUUCUUGAUAGACUUGAUUCUUUGUGCUUUAGUGCCCCUUUUGUUUAUCUAUAUAUUCAACUAUUUAUGCAUGAUGUUUUAGAAUUGGCUUGA